AUGGCUGCUGCUUCCAACGAAAGCGAAUUGCAAUCUCUGUUCGUAAAGGGCGGAUUGGUUGCGGUCGUUCAACGGGCGAAAGCAGAUCUCAAAAAUGCUGGGCGUACAACGCUGAACAUUGCUGUGAUUGGAGAAUCCGGCGGUGGGAAAUCAUCUUUCGUUAGUCUUUUGGGCGCGUCAGGAAUCGAGGGGCGUCCGGCAUUAACGGCUGGUAAGGAAGCACAAAUGGGGCCAGUGAAACACCAGUUCUCCGGCGAUGAUACAGUCAGCAUCUGGGACUUCCCUGGGAUACAGACGACGAAAUUUGAAGCCGAUUCCUAUUUCAACAGCCUGACACUUGACAAGUACCAUUUCUUCAUUGUUCUCAGCGGUGCUGAGUCUGAGGAAACCGCAUGGCAACUGACCAAAAAAAUUCGGGAGAAGCAGAAGAAGAAGAAAUGUUAUUUUGUGCGAAAUAAAUUAGAUGCUUACCUGGAGUCCGUAAAACAACGAGAGGAAGGCCAGUAUGAUGAGACGAAAGCUCUGGAACACCUCAGAAACACUUUGGUUGAGCGCUCGAAGAAGGAGAGCUUGGAAUCUACACAAAUAUUUCUGAUCUCCAGCUUGCACCGAGACAAGUUUGACUUCCAAGAACUUCAGCGGAUGCUAAAAGAAGAAUUGCCCGCCUUGAAGGAGGGUAUCCGUUCGCACGUUCUGGACCAGCAAAUAUCAUCACUAAUCGAUAAGAAGAAAGAUGGCUUGUUAGCUGAAACUUGGAAAAUUGCUGCUGCGUCGGCUUCAGCUCGGGUCAUGGCAAUCCCAGGAUCUUCUUUCGUUUGUGACAUUCCCUUGUUAUAUUAUAACAUUUCCUCUUACUGUUCCUCCUUUGGUUUAGAUCCCAGUAUUCUCGAAAUGCUGGCGUCAGCGGUUGGGAAGGAGGUCGAGGAUCUGAAGGCUGAACUGAAGUCGACAUUUGCGCAAGAAAUUACAUUCAACAGAAUCUCACAGGAGCUCCUGCAGAUGGCGGGUGAGGAGAUAGUGGAGUCAACCAUUCUGGAAUUUGUACCUCUGAUAGGCCAGGCCAUAUCGGCCAAGCGCUCUUACAAAAUGAUCAACGAUUUAUUGGAGAAAACUGUACGGGAACUCGCGGAGGACAGCAAGAGAAUAAUUAAGAAGGUUUUAAUGUUAGACUAG